AUGGACAGAGAAGCAUAUCAAAUGCGAUUUGACCCCGGGGCCUUGCAGAAGAUUGCGAGAUAUGAUACCAAGGGUUUCUCAACGGAUCAGACUUGGUUGAAACCGAAGAGGGCGCUCGAACUAAAGUACAUCGACGAGACUGCCGAAUUGACGGCUAUCUACGACCAGGAUGCUGAGUUCGAGGAUGCUGACGACCUGGACGCUGAAGACGAAGCCGUGCCCGGCCCGGCCUCAUCUCUGGGUGACGCAGAAGGAGAAGACAAUGGAGCUGGUCUGGCUGCUACAGCCACGGGUACAUACCGCACAGACGAUGGCACGACAGGUUUUACAAACGUGGAGCUGGGAGACAUUUCGAAUGCUGGGUCCGGUCCGUGGCCGCCACAAACAAGCAAGCAAUCUGGCCUUGAAAGUACCCUGGAAUCGACUACGGGGCCUUCACCUGAUUAUGUGCCCAGUGGCUGGAGUUCCCAAAGAUCCCUGCCGUUUUCUUCCCCUCUUCAGACCAGGCAAGAAGACCUCGAGUCUCCGAGUUCGCCGCUAUUCUCGGGCCUGGUGAAAAAGCCAUCAAGGUCGUCUACCCUAGCAAUACACACAGUGUUGGAGGUAAUCCUUCUUCGUUACUUUGUGGACCAACUUGCUCGGUGGUUUGACCUCUGUGACCCGGAAAAACACUUCGAGUUCAUUGUCCCUCAGCGUGCGCGUUGGUGUCCGCCACUCCGAAAUGCGAUGCUUGCCGCAUCGGCGCGCCAUCUCACCCGUGUUCGUCAUUCGAAGCUAGGGCCGGAGAACGUCUAUUACCUCGACGGCCAGCCGGUUGCUGACUUGACCGAGGAGACGGCUUUACACUAUCACAGCGAAUGUAUAAAGGAUCUGCUCAAACGGAGCCUCGACGCACAGCAAACCAGAGACGAGAACCUCCUGGCGGCAGCUAUCAUCCUCCGUUUCUACGAGGAGAUCGAUUCGCCCCUCCGCGCCGAUGAAGAACGAGACAGUGAGCUUUUCCUUCGGGUCAUGAACGUCUUUAUUGACGCACAGAUUCCCUCGGUCCCUCUCGUCCCGCAUAGCUCACCCGUCAUCAACGGUCCCAAGGUCGGCCCCAUCGCAAGGUACAAUGUUGUGUCAACCCCGGAAGCGGUGCAUUCCCCCAAUGUGCCCGCGGUCACAUCUCCCUCGCAGAACUUGGGUAGUUCGGUUGAUGGCCAAUCGAGGUGGCGGGCAGACGGUCUUUGUCAGGCCAGUUUCUGGGUAGCAUUCCGCCAGGAAAUAUACUCAGCCUUCUUGAAACAGCGACCUUUCAAUCACGAUCUCUCCCGUUGCGAAGCAUUCCGAUCCUUCUCGCCGGCCGAGGACGCUGUGUGGGCCGAUAGGUUGAUCAUUUUCUGCGCGGACGUCCUGGAAUUCUGUUACGGGAACAGCAACACGAGCACGCGCCUGGACAAAAACCUCUCGACUACGGACAACUGGCUCUCGCUCAAACAGUACGAGGAAAUGUGGCCGGAGGUCCUGCCAGCCUCAUUCGAGCCCAUCUACUAUCGAGACCCAGACAGGUCGAAGGGAGAGGUAUUUCCCGAGGUGUGCUAUCUGGCAGAUUGUCACGUCACCGGGGUGCAGCACGUUGAACUGGCCAAGAUCCUGCUGGCCGUUUAUGAUCCUACGAGACCGAAGCUUGGACCAGGCCACGUCGCCAGCAUGAAGACAUUGAGCCAGGAAUUGAGGACGAUUGUGCUGCGUCUCUGUGGGAUCGCCAUGAGCAACCGCAAGACGCCGCCUGGACUUGUGACGGCGCUUCUCGGAAUCGUGGUCUGUGGAGAUCACUUCGAGGACAGGAUGGAACAGGAUGCUCUGUUUGGUAUCCUGGAUGAGCUGGAAUACACGCACGCCUGGCCCAUUGGCAACACGAGGGAUCAGCUGAAAGACGCCUGGGGGAGAGGACCUGAGCCCCAGUGA